ACCCCCACAUUACACGAUACGCGCCUAUAUAAGCUCAAUGAGUUGAUUUUCGCGUCGGAAUAUUGUUCGCACGUCCGUCCACCGUCGAUUAAUUGAAUCAGCGGCACAAAGAGAGAGAGAGAAUUAAAAAGCCGCCUGAAAAUUCCCCGCUCUCUCUCUCUCUCCAACCAUCUCUCUCUCUUUCUCUCUCUCUCUCUCUCUGGCAGCUCGCGGCUCAGUCAGUCACUCACAUAAUACCUGUGCAGUUAGUUAGUCCAACCCUUACACUCAGCCAGCUCACUCGCCGGCUUUGUGUGCUGCCACAAAAAAAAAUCGUAUUAACUCACACACACAUACACACCGGCCGCGCGAGCCCCUCUGCCGUACUGUAUAGUUGGGAAGAACAUCGCGAGAGCGGGCAGCAGCACCUAUAGCAGUCACCGUCGUCGCCGUCGUUUCCCCGCUGAAGCCGCCAGCGAGCCGUCCGGCCGGCAUAAAAGCGCCACCAGCCCGCCAGUACAAAACAUCCAUCAAGUGUGUGUGGUGAGUGCGAGAGAGAGUGCAGCCGCGGCAAGGGCAAGCAGCAGCAGCAGCAACCGGAGGAGAGAUGAUGGCCGCACCUGCAGCGGUGGCCGCCGCGCUGGCCCUGCUCGUGGCCCUGCUGGCGCCCACCCUGCACGGCGCCCGCUCGUACGACGCGGCGCCGCCGUCGACGCAGCGCCGACUCGACGCCGAGCAGCUGUUCAAGCGGCCGGCGCUGAAGCGCGAGGAGGUGGCCGGCGGCUCGUCGACGCCGUACAAAGACCUGGACGCGGCGGCGCCGGCCAACCUCCAGCAGCACUCGGACGAGGACGGCGCCGUCGACGACGACCUCAGCGUCGGCGGCGACCUGCACCGCUUCACCACCGGGCACACGGUGCUCCGCGAGCCGCCGGCGCCGGGCUCGUACGUGCCCUCCAACUGCUCGGCCUGCGUGUCCCACGACGAGAUGCGCCGCAUCAGCAAGCAGAAGAUCCAGGAGGACAUUCUGCAGAAGCUCAACAUGCGGCACGCGCCCAACAUGACCGGCAGGGCCAAGCCCAAGCUGCCGCCCCUCGAGCGGCUCAUCGAGAACUUCGGCAUGCAGGGCGACCAGCCCGACAGGUUCCAGCUCGGCGAGUCCAUCCACGAGGAGGAGGACCUGCACGCCAAGAUCCCCAUGGUCUUCGUCGUCGCGCAGACAAGAAAGCUGCGGCACGGCGGCGGCCUGCAGCACGAUCUGGACAUCCAGCACUUCCAACUGUCCGAGCAGUCGAUACGCAACACGGUGGCGGACGCAACCCUUUACAUCCACAUGCCGAAGACGCGCGGCAAAGUGAAGCUGCUCGUCUACAAGGUGGUGAGCAACGCGUCCGAGCACGAGUCCAUGAUGGUGCUGCUCUCGUCGGCCAGCAAACUCAGCGAGCACCGCGAGGACGGCUGGGUCGAGCUGGACGUGAAGCGGCUGAUGCAGGACUGGUUCAAGCACCCGAAGAGCAACCUCGGCGUCAUCAUCAAGAUCGAGGAUGAGACGGGUGCCUCGAAGCCCUACUCUGUUGCCACUUACAGCAGCAAUGGUGAAGCACUGCAACCAUUCGUAGAGAUCAAGACAGUGGACAGCCGCAAGUACCGCACCAGGCGGACCGUGGUGGGUCUGAAUUGCAACGAGAACUCGAAAGAGUCGCGCUGCUGCCGCUACCCGCUGACGGUGGACUUUGACGAGUUCGGGUGGGACUGGAUAAUCGCGCCCAAGAGGUACGAGUCCAACUACUGCUCGGGCGACUGUCCGUUCGCCUUCCUGCAGAAGUACCCGCACACGCAUAUCGUGCAGCAGGCCAACCCGAAUGGCAAUCUGGGUCCGUGCUGUGCGGCCCGAAAACUAUCCUCCAUCUCGAUGCUCUUCUUCGACCAGCAGUUCAACAUUGUGUACAGCGUGUUGCCUCACAUGGUGGUCGAGCGGUGCGGUUGUUACUAGAAAAUGAAGAGCGCAAGAGAAGAGGCAAAUUUGUGAGUGCGCGAAAGGGACUUUUGAAUUUUCGCGCGAAUGAACGAGAAAAAAUUAAGAUAUAUAAUUGUAUAACGCUCGAAUUUGGCCCGCGGUUGAUUUUCCUCCCCCUAUAUUUGUAUGCGAUUUUUGUAUAACGGUGUGGGGUAUUUUUUUGUUUUUUGUUUUUAUCUUUUGGACUCACGUCUCUAUAAUGAUAUAUAUUUCACUUUGAUUGAUUUCCAAAAUUGCAAAAUGUGGUUUUUUUUUUAAAGCUAUUAUUUUGCGUUUUACCGAGCGGCCUCUCUCCUUAUCUCUUAUUCUUUAUAUAUACAAUUCGGUUGGAGGACCCGUGGCGAACACAUUCAAAGUUCAAAGGUCACAAAACUGUAUUCCGAAAAAACUCUUCACAAGGGAAUUGCAUUUGAAUUGAACGUGAAAAAUUUAAGCAGACAAGAACACUGGUGUGAAACACUAAUUUUUUUUUUAAGUUUCGUCGCCCGUCCUUCAACCGGUCGAAAUCGCUGCCACCAGGGGGCCGCCGGUCGCGCGCUCUAAUUACAAUGAACAAACUCAGAAGUGCAGGGGCCUGCGAGAUGUGCACCUGACACCAAUUCACAUAUAAAUGUUUAUCUCAUAUUAAAGGAUCUCUAUCAAAAUUUUUCAUCCUUUUUACGUGUGUCCCCUGCGAGAAUCGGAGUAAAUGUCAAAAAAGGCGAUUUGCAAAGUAAAAAAUAAUUAAAAACUCGUGUUUUUUUUUCAAGCAAAGUGUGGGGAAGUCAAAAAGGUUUUUGUAUUGAAGCACAUGUUGUGAUAUUAUUUGCGUAGGGACUUCUUUUAUUUUUCUUUAUCUCUCUCUCUCGAUUUCUUUUUCAAUCUUUAUGUUCUACAUUUAUUUUUGUUUUUCUUUUAGAUAAAAGAGCAAUUCUGAUGUCGUUUUAAAGUACUACUAAUAUUAAUGUACGGAGAUAAUAUGGGGCUUUCUGCGAGCUUUUCUUGUGAAGAUGAAUUAUUAUUAUAUAUAUUAUUACGGAUGUUAACGUGUAAGAAGAUGAAUUUUUUUGAAAAAGGAAUAAGCCUGACGCGCAACCUGUCGUCUCAUCCCUCACACAUACACACUCACACAAAUAUUAUACAAUUAUAUAAUAUCACGUGGAUCAUGAUUUAUUAGUUUUCCGAAUCGGCGUCCAGUUUCUGUGGGUGAGAGCGAAGGAAAGGCUGUAAAAACGAACAAAUUCGAUUGCGCGUCCGUUAUAUUUCUUGACUACUACGAUAAAAAUAAUAAUGAUACCCCAAAACUGUGUAUUAACGAUUAUAUUCAAAAGAAGAACAAGUAUGUACAAAGCUGAUGAUGGUUUACUUAAUAACGGGGAUAAGUAUAUAUUACUGUGGAUUUUAAUUGUAAUCUCUGCUUACUAUACUUUUUUAUGUAUGAUUUCCACUGCGUCGUACUAUAUUUGAUAAAAAAUCACUUUGCAGUUAAUUAAUGAAUUAACAAUCGAGACUGUACGGCUUUCUUAGCGUAAUUCGCGUGGAAUGUCUGCUGCUGUUUAAAGCACGAGGAAGUAAAAAAAACAAAAUAUUCGAGCGAAUCAUGCCAAAAAGCCAACGAAGUCGUUUGGAAAACACAACAACUUUCCAAAUAAAUGUGAUAUCUCCUCAAAAAUUGAUUAAAGUGUAUAAUUUUAAUUUAAAUAAUAUGUAACGAUUAAUGCUGACUAUAAAUGAAAAGAGACGAGAUAUUGCAUUGUGGGUGUUUCGCAGGCUCGCUGCUUGUAUGGCGUGACGAAAAUAUAUCAUAGAACUCGAUCGGGAACAAAUUAAUAAUUAAAAAAAAGAUAUCGCGCCGGGUGCAAACCAAAUCCACCGAACGCAAAGAUUAACUACUUGAUCAAUUGAUGAGACAAAAUUUCCGCCGCCGACCAACGUUGAUUGAUUUUGAUUGUACAGUAAAACGUUUGCUUUUCCUCCACUUUACUAACACAAGAGUUUAUAAAUAGAAAAUCUCUCUCUCUCUCUCAUAACAUGAUUUUGUGUUUCGUAGUUGUGUAAUAAUAUCACUCUCUCUUUCUCUCUCUCUGUAAAUACAUAAUUGUAUGUCUCUCUCUCUCAAUCGUAGGCGAGUUUUAAGUUUAUACGUCUCUGAUGUGCAUACAAAAAUACACACGACACAAGAAAGAGCAAAAUUUCUUCACACACGUGGUAGAAUAUGUGGAAAAAAAUAAAUCAUGCAAAAUUGUUUCCUUCGUUCUUGCCUGCGCGCAUCAAAAUUAAUCUCAAACUCAUUGUGUUCACUCUUUUCUCUCUACCACAUCUCUCACAUCGAUGUAGAGCAGAUAUCAGUUGUAUACUUAUAAACGCGGAAAAAAUGUUGUGGAAUAAAUUGUUAUGUAUUUUGAGUUGCUCGAUCGAGACACGUACGUAUUUUAUAAUUUAAAAAAAGCCUUUUAUUUUUUAAAAAUGGACAAAAAAUUGCAUUAUGAUUGUGUCAUCAUCAUUGAUCAAUAUUAAUUGUAAGGGUACAUUGAAAAAAAAAUAGGAAUGAAGAUAUCAAGCGAUGUUAUUUUAUUUAGUAAUGUUUGUAGAAAAAUAGACACAAAUACAUGAAAACGGAGCAAAAAAUCA